AUGGCGACUGUCAAGCCUGUUCUGCGGCGAAGCCAUACGAAAUCAAAGUUGGGCUGCCAGGCUUGUAAACAACGGCAUGUCAAGUGUGACGAGUUUCGGCCGUCGUGUCACAGAUGCCUUUCGUCAAGAAUCGAUUGCAAAUACCCAGCCCAGUCCGAGUCGGAGGACGAAGACGAAAAGGCCGCCUCUGCUCUGCGAUGGCCAGAUGACAUUGAGGAAUCAUGUGCACAAUGGAAAGAGUCAGGGAGGCCGCCGUUCAUGUUCAUGGCGUCGUCUCCGAGCUGGCAUAACAUGCCAUUGAAGGACUUGCGAUAUAUCUACAAGACGGCUCUGGUGGCCAACGUCCUCGAGCUGAGCAAGACAGCAGACAUCUGUCUAGUCUGGGGCGAUAUGAGAACGUACUUUCAGCUCGCAACCCACUACGACUUUGUUGCUCAAACCAUGGCGGCUGCAGCGGCACAAAGGCUUGCAGUCACAACAAAGUCUUAUGAAGCUUCUCAGGAUGCCUACCACUAUCGAAAACAAGCUCUUUGUGGGCUGUAUCGCGCUAUGAGCUGCUUUUCCAAGGACAACGCCGAUGCAGUCCUAGCCACAUCUCUGGGCUGCUCAUAUAUCAUGCCAGACUACCGCUCUCUCAUGGCCCUGGCAGGGGAUAUUUCAACCGUAGUCGCCCGGAUGAGGCCCUGGCUGAAACGAUCAGCCUUUCACCGAAUCUUUACAUACGAGCCGACAUAUCCGGAAGCAGAAGAGCAGGCCAGCUCGUCGCCCCCUGAAACCGGCGACAUGGAAUAUCGCUUCGUCCUCGUCAAGAAGCUUCUGUCCGAAGGAAUCGGCGCCGUCAACGGCCUUUCCUUUUGCUUCCAGAGCGACCGCGAUCUCUCAGCCAUCCUCCGCCAGCUCCGCGACGUCAUGCGCCUUGUCCACGAACGCCUCGGCGCCGACAUCUCCCCCGAGGACCAGUUCCGCCUGGUCUACCCCUUCACAUCGUGGUUUGUUAAGAACUCGGCCGCCUCGUACGUCGCCCUCAGCGCAAAGAACCCGUUUCUACUCGUCUUCCUGCUGCACUUCUACUCGGUCGUCGUUGCUCUCACGGUGGCCCUCCCGCGGAUCGACGUGCCGCUCUUUGCAAAGUAUCGAAUGCGCGCCAUCUUGGAGAUUUGCAGUCUUUUGAGAGAGGAGCCGGGCUUUUUGUGCCAGCGGUGUAAUGGGUUCCACGCGUAUGAAGAGAUCAUGGCGUUUCCCCUGAGUAGCGUUUCUGUGUAUCAGCAGGUUGGGAGGCAGGCGGGCGGGUUUGAGGGCAUAGUUGCCGAGCGUUUCUCUCCGUAG